UCCUCCACUGUCGGUGAUGAAGUUUAUGGCGGGAAGUCAAAGUAAGCCUCAAUUUCUUGGAUAAACAAAUCCUCCACGCUUUUCCAAUUUCCUCUUUCCCUGGACUAUAUAUAAGCCUUCUUCGCGUAGUUCCGCUUCAUUCCAUAGCUUCCGCCUUCGAUUUCUGAUUGUUAUACAUAAUUCUCGACGACGAUGAUGACGAUGGAGAUUAUCCCUUUGGAAGGAAUUGUAGCGACUGCGGCCGUCUUCUUCCUUGUCCAGAUUCUCGUUUAUCUCAUUCUCUCUAAAUCUUCCGACGUCUUCUCGAAGAACACGAAAAGGUCUCUCAGUUUCAGGCACGUUCGUUCUCUGAGCAUUCGUCGGAUUUUGGCAGCUCUUUCCGACGUACCGUCCGGCGGCGAGCCGUCUCCUCCGAAUGAAAGUCCGUCGCCAUUCUCGAUCGGUGGAGAAUGCGCGGCGAUGUUCAGAGACGGCAGUUCUUGAAAGAAGCUGCCGAUAGCAAAUUUCAUUUGUUUAAAUUUAUUUAAUUAACUGUGCUUAUUAUCAAAUAAUGAGAACGUGUAAAAUAUUUUAUCCUUUUAGAAUGUGACAUUACAUCAAAUUAAAUUAGAGAUUUGAAUUUGAAUCUUC